AUGGCAGGAGAGGUUUUCAACUACAUCUCUGAGACCUUCCUAACGUCAGACCUGACCAACUGGCUGAAAAAUGUCCUGGGUGGGAAAGUGGAUCCUUCAUCCAUGUUGACAAAGGGCAACUGGAAACCAGUAAACAAGGGCUACGAUUUCCUGAAGUUUAUUGACCUUGCAAAGAAAAAAAAGAAAAUGCUUGAGGAUAAAAAGAAGCCUAUGCCUGCUGACAAAAUGAAUGAAGUACCAGCUCCUGACAUGUUUGAGGAAAAGCUUAAGGAACGCCCCAUGGAGGAUAGUGAGGAUUCUGAUACUCGCCGCGACCUGUUUGACCUUCAAAAUUCCCGACUGUACCACCAGGCACCUGGUAGGACCACUCACAAACAUGAGGAACAUGGCCCCAAGGGCAAGCCCCCUGGCGAGGAUGAGAACAAUAAUGAUAUUAAGAAACAGCCGCCAAAAGAUGCGCAUGAUGAAUUGUAAUUUGUUCGCAUGAAAACAUCGCCAUGCUUUCAUGUUAUUCCUGCAGCUUGGUGUCAGUUAUCUGAAAGCUUAUUGUGGCUAAAAAGUGUUUCAUUUUAAUGUCAUUAAUAUAUAAAUUGAAUUGCAUAUUCUGUUGGUUUUUUAUUGGUGAAUAAAAUUGAGUUUGAUGAUUCC